AUGUGGAAGGCGGAGAGCAGCGCUACACCGCGGCGGGCGGAAGACGGAAGUGGAGGCUCAGGGCGGAAGUGGGGGGAGGCUGGCGGCGGCAGUGGUAGCAGCGCCCCCUCUCGUUGCCAGGGCAACCGGGCCAGGAAGGACGAUGGCCGUCACCUAACCCUCCUCCGCCUCUUCGCGGGCCUUGGACCUCGUCAAUAUGGAGCCCCUCCGAGCUGGGAGUGGAGGGCUGCCUGAAGACAAGCCAGGCGUGGGCAGAACUCUUCUGGGCAAUGGCAGCCCUUCUGAGGUGGAGCAGGGCCCCUGUUUGGACGGAGGAGGCAGGUCCUCCCCAAAGGACUGCCAGGACAAAGUUCACCUCAGCCAUGUUUUGGAAGCAGAAGUUGCUGACAUUUCGGCAGAGGAGGAGACUGAAAUGGUCUGGAACGGAAACUGCGACCAAGGAGGCCACGGGGGUUUGCACUUUGACAGCCCUGGCCCUGAAUCCAGCUCUUGCCGCUGUCAGGGAGACGUCUCUGAUCUCUCUGCGACUUACCCUGAGACUAACUUCUGUGACUUCACCUGCCGGUAUUGGUGUUCAGGUGUUGCCGGGGGGAAGGACACCUCGAGGCAACUCCAGGAAGAAGAAGAAGAAGAAGAAGAAGAUACCGAGGAUGGCUCCACAGCAAAGGCCAAGGAGGAGCUCCCCAACGGCACCCGAGGGGCUUCUGUCGGGAGGAAGGUUCCCCGGCAGCAAAGGCACCGUCCUACUGUCAAAGGAGAAGGGCGUUUUGUGCUCUCUUCAGGGGGCAAACACCGGCCGAUGCGGAAGAGGUGUGAUGGUGGGCGUCACCAAGUCCGAGCCGAGCUGUUGAAACACCUGGAGAGAGUGGCUUCGUUCUGUGUGUCCUGCUUCAAGCUCUUUAUCAGCCUCAUUGUGCAAGUCACCCACCGGUGCGGCGAAGGUGUGGAGGCCAGUGGAAAGCUCCUGUACUCUUGCUGCUCGUUCAGCCCACGGGACCUAGAUGGCAUGAGAAGCAGCAUUCGGACUUGGAUCCAGCAAGCUGGGUUGAGCGGCCGGAAAUUGACUCGGCAGCUGGGCUUGUGGGUGACCCUGGCUUACCGUCUCCUUAAGAUGCUCUGUGCUAUACUCUUCCUGGUGCUCAUGCUUCUUCUGGGAAGCCUAAGACUCUGUUGGCGGGUCUCCAAAUCAGCCUUGGCCAGCCUCUUGGGUAGACUGUCCCACAGCAGCUAUGGAGCCCGGCUUCUCUCUGCUGUUGACCUAUCCCUAAUUUGGACCCAUGUCAAAGAUAGCAGGACUUGCAAGUGGCUGGCAGGCGUGCUACUUAAAUGGCACGCCCUCUUUUGGAUGCCCCAAAGAUUAAGGACCACUCAGGAAGGGGACACUACUUACAAUAGCUCUCCUGGCGGAUCUGGGCCCUACCAGCCUGGUGAAGAGGUGGCACGCUUGCUGGCAAUGGCACAUAUCCCUGAGGAAGAGCUUAAUCCUUUCCAGGUAUUGGGCUUGGAGGCAACAGCAUCAGAUGCAGAGCUGAAGAAAGCCUAUCGGCAUUUGGCAGUACUGGUUCAUCCAGACAAGAAUAAACACCCAAGGGCGGAGGAGGCCUUCAAGGUACUGCGGGCUGCAUGGGAUAUCGUCAGCAACCCUGAGAGGAGGAAAGAAUAUGAAAUAAAGCGCAUGGCAGAAACAGAGCUGACAAAGUCAAUGAAUGAAUUCCUUUCCAAACUUCAGGAUGACCUGAAAGAAGCCAUGAAUACAAUGAUGUGUAAUAAAUGUCAGGGGAAGCACAAGAGGUUUGAGAUGGACCGUGACCCACUGAAUGCCCGCUACUGUGCCGAAUGCAGCAAGCUUCACGCCGCUGAAGAAGGCGACUUCUGGGCAGAAUCCAGCAUGCUUGGACUGAAGAUCACAUACUUUGCCAUGAUGGAUGGAAAGGUUUAUGACAUCACAGAGUGGGCUGGCUGCCAGCGAGUGGGGAUUUCUCCAGACACACAUCGCGUUCCAUAUCACAUCUCUUUUGGAGCAAGGGGCUCUGGAGGACGGCAGAGAGCUGCUUCAGAAGGCAGCCCUGCUUCGGCUGCAGAACUGCAGGACUUCUUCAACCGCAUCUUCCAAGGAAACCAGGGCCAGAUGCCCAAUGGGAACUUUUUCAGCACACCCCAGCAGCCGCCGUCCUCAGGGACUGUGCCCACGCCUCCUGCCCCACCAUCAAAAGUGGAUAGUACCUCGCAGAAGGGAGAUUCAAAGCAGAAACGGCGGAAAAAAGUGCGGCGCCCCUUCCAGCGCUGAGGCCAAGACUUGGGGGGAGCAAAACCUCCCAGGCCCACUAGAAUCUCCUAAACUUUUUGUCAGAUAGCAAAAGGGCUAUUUCAAAAGGGAAAAUGGUUUAUUCUUAAGUGUCAGAAAUCUGGGCUAAUGUAUAAUCCAGUAAGUAUAGACUGGGAAAUUAUAUUCCCCUUUCCGCUGCGAUUGUUGACACGGAUCUCAUGAUACCAAAGAACUCCAGAGGAUGGCUUCCUGGAAGUAUCAUCAUGAAGAGGUGGCUGGUGGUGUUACAGACCAUAUUAAACCAUGACAUCUUCUGUGUGGUAAUUUUAUCAAUCAGAUGCUUCUAAAAUUGUCUGGCAUUCCCCUCUUUAACGGGUAGGACUGUCAGUGAUGUUUGUAGCGGGUUACUUAGCUUUUGUCCACAAAGAUGCUUGGACUGGAAGCAUUUCUGUUGUACUCCACUUGUCCUGUUGUCAGAAGCAUUUGAGCUUACUUGGAGAAAAGCUGAGUCUAAAAUAAUCUUGGUUUUGCUUGUGCUAAUGAUGAAGAUGUGAGAAAAGGACUUUCUUCUUGUUGCUGUGAAAGUCAGCAACCAUAUUCUUGCCUCGUGGGUGUUUGGCUCAACUGUAUUAAGAAGAGGUGAAAGGCCUCUUCAUGCCUCCUUGUUGGGAAAUAUUAAUUCCUUGCCUAACUCCAAACUUAGUCAAGUUAGGAGGAGAUGCAGAUGCAUCCUAGUUGUUAUUACAGGGGCUGCACAAGUGUAGUGCAGAUACUCAGGAUUAUGUCAAGCAGGUUUUUUGCUCCUACUUUUGAGUCUCAAAUGUUCUGUGGUUCUGUUCUAAAACUACUGAGAGGAGGUGUUCUCCACCACCCCAAGUUUAAAGUCGACUGGCCAUUUCUGAAUCCGGAUGCAAAGUGACUCUUCGAGAAACCCAAGCCCUUGUCUAAGGAGCUUGAUUUGUUCUUUCCUGAUCCUGGCAAGUGCAUACUAUUUGUCUCUGCUGUUUCAGGAUUGUAGUCAUACCAGUUACAACCAAGCUGAUGAAUAUGGCCCUAAGAUUUGACAUGGAUAGUUCGCUUCUUAACUGUCCAACCCGUUUUAUUGAAGGUUACUUUUUUAAAAGUUCAUAUUUGUAUGUAUAUACAUAUAUUUAAUACCAUCUGUCUUCCCCUUUCUAUAAAUACAUAUAAAUGCCUUGGA